AUGUUCUGGCGAACUACGUCACCUUCGCGUACCAUCACAUCCUACCAACAUCCCAUCAAAGCCAUACAAGCGGUGACCACGCUCGGGAGAGACGUUUCCUCCGGUGCGACAUCGCAAGCGAUCAGCUUCUGGUUGAGCCUCGAGAGGGCAUUGGACGGGAUAGAGGCGCGAUUGGGGAGCAGGGAGGUGGGGAUGAUUAUGGAUGCAUUGAGGAAUGCAAAGACGUUCUCAGUUAUAAUGGGAACAGUAAAACCAACUAAUGACCAUUCAACGACCUCCCCUCCCUCCACCUAUCUCGACGAAGUAUGCGAACUUUUCAACCCCCACCUAAACAGAAACUCACACUAUCCCCCUACCCAAUCCGUGAACUCUCCACUCGUCGAAGCAAUCUUAAGAGACCUCAACGACGUCCUUCUCCGGAUCUUAACAUCCCACGGACUAGCAUACUCGCCUUACCCAACCUUCGAUUGUCUCCUCGCACAAACGACGGGGAUAUUUGGGACGUGGGAUGAUCUCAUCAAGGAAUUCACGAAUGUCCUGAGGGAGGCGACCAGGAAGAGGCGUGAUAACGUUAUUCCGGCGCAUUGGAAGCUUGUGGAAUGGGUGGAGCAGUUGGCUGUUAUGACGGAUUUGACGAGGGGGUUGGCCUUGGGGGAGAAUAAACAGGAAGAGGCGUACCCCACCCCCAGCUACCUCGAUUUCGGUCAAAUUGCCCCUCACCCACACCCAGACUUGGAUUGA